UGUGAGCCCAGUGUAACUGAGUGAGCUGUGUGCUGUUUAUCGAUCUGUUUCCUAGCCCUGAAAUCCUUUUGGAAACUGAGCAGGGAGAAUGAUACAGUCAGACAAAGGAGCAGAUCCACCAGACAAGGACAUGGACCUUUCUACCACGACCAACCCAGAGAAUGGCCUCUCCCAAAUCCUGAGGCUUGUGCUACAAGAAUUGAGUCUGUUCUACAGCCGAGAUGUGAACGGAGUGUGUCUCUUAUAUGACCUCCUCCAUUCCCCGUGGCUGCAGGCUCUGCUAAAGGUUUAUGACUGCCUCCAGGAAUUUAAAGAAAAGAAGCUAGUUCCUACCACCCACCAUGCCCAGGCAUUAUCCUCUGAGGUAGUAGAACUAUUACAUGAAACUCCUACAUCCCCUGAGAUCCAAGAGCUGAGACAAACCCUCCAGGCUCCACACUUGAAGGCCUUGCUCAGUGCCCAUGACACAGUAGCUCAGAAAGAUUUUGAGCCCCUUCUCCCUCCACUGCCAGACAACAUCCCUGAGAGCGAGGAAGCCAUGAGGAUUGUUUGUUUGGUGAAAAACCAACAGCCCCUGGGAGCCACCAUCAAGCGCCACGAGAUGACAGGGGACAUCCUGGUAGCCAGGGUCAUCCAUGGCGGGCUGGCCGAGAAGAGUGGGUUGCUAUAUGCUGGAGACAAACUAGUGGAAGUGAAUGGAGUUUCAGUUGAGGGACUGGACCCUGAACAAGUGAUCCAUAUUCUGACCAUGUCUCGAGACACAAUCAUGUUCAAGGUGGUUCCAGUUUCUGACCCUCCUGUGAAUAACCAGAAGACGGUGUACGUUCGUGCCAUGACUGAAUACUGGCCCCAGGAGGAUCCCAACAUCCCCUGCAUGGACGCUGGAUUGCCUUUCCAGAAGGGGGACAUCCUCCAGAUUGUGGACCAGAAUGAUGCCCUCUGGUGGCAGGCCCGGAAAAUCUCAGAUCUUGCUACCUGUGCUGGGUUAAUACCUUCUAAACAACUUCUAAAGAGGAAACAAAGGGAAUUCUGGUGGUCUCAGCCAUACCAGCCUCAUACCUGCCUCAAAUCAACCAAAUUCAUUUCUAUGGAAGAAGAAGAUGACAUGAAGAUUGAUGAGAAAUGUGUGGAAGCAGAGGAACUUUCAGAAGACAAGGAUGAAUUUGUUGGCUAUGGUCAGAAGUUCUUUACUGCUGGUUUCCGUCGCAGCAUGCGCCUUUGUCGCAGGAGGUCUCACCUCAGCCAGCUGCGGGCCAGCGUGUGUUGCACCGGCGGCUGCUACAAUGCGGUGGGUGCCCCUUACGAGGAGGUGGUGAGGUACCAGCGACGCCUUUCGGACAAGCAUCGCCUCAUAGUGCUCGUGGGACCUUCUGGUGUUGGAGUAAACGAACUGAGAAGACAACUUAUUGAAUUUAAUCCCAGCCGUUUUCAAAGUGCUGUGCCACAUACUACUCGUCCUAAAAAGAGUUAUGAAAAGAAUGGGUGUGAGUAUCACUAUGUGUCGAAGGAAACAUUUGAAAGCCUCGUAUACAGUCACAGGAUGCUAGAGUGUGGUGAGUACAGAGGCCACCUGUAUGGUACUAGUGUGGAUGCUGUUCAAGCAGUCCUUGAUGAAGGAAAGAUUUGUGUUAUGGAUUUAGAGCCUCAGGAUAUUCAGGUGACUCGAACUCAAGAGCUGAAGCCCUAUGUCAUAUUUAUAAAGCCAUCUAGCCUGAGUUAUAUGAAACAAUCUCGGAAAAAUGCCAAGAUUAUUACUGACUACUUUGUGGACAUGAAGUUCAAGGAUGAAGACCUACAAGAGAUGGAGGAUUUAGCCCAGAAAAUGGAGACUCAGUUUGGCCAAUUUUUUGAUCAUGUGAUUGUCAAUGACAACUUAGAAGAUGCAUGUGCCCAAUUGUUGUCUGCCAUUCAGAAGGCUCAGGAAGAGCCUCAGUGGGUACCAGCAACAUGGAUUUCCUCUGGUGAUGAGUCUUAAUGAGGCCUCUUGAAUAAUGUUGGAGUUUUAACACUAUAUUUGUUAUGGAGAUCUAGAAUAACAGCUGCAAUCUAAAACAGCAGUAUUUGACCUAUUAUAAUGUAUGCAACCAUAAAAAUGUAGCAGUUUAUUAAUCUUAUUUGAAAAAAAUGUAUAAUACAGUUUUGUAGUUAUCUAUUUGGCUCUUAGGGAAAAUCCUUUUCCUUUACCUCAUGUGCAGCUGUGGUAGAAAUAUGAAUAAUGUUAAAUGUUAAUUACAACUAAUGUUAAAUCACCCAGUAUGAAAACCUUUCAUAGAUUUCAUACGUUUUUUGGAAGAGGCAGGUAAAAGAGCUUUCCUAAAUAAAAU